GAAGCGGCGGCGGCGGCGGGAGCGGGCGGAGCUCAGCGCCAGCCCCGGCCCCGCGCCGGCCCCACACCGGCCCCGCACUCACCCGCCCGCCCGCCGGAGCCACCGGAGACCUGGCGACCGUGUGCUUCGAUUCUCUGAAGAUGGCUGCACAGUCAGCACCGAAGGUCGUGCUAAAGAGCACCACCAAGAUGUCUCUGAACGAGCGCUUCACUAACAUGCUGAAGAACAAACAGCCGAUGCCGGUGAAUAUCCGGGCCACCAUGCAGCAGCAGCAGCUGGCCAGCGCCCGCAACAGACGGCUGGCCCAGCAGAUGGAGAACAGGCCGUCUGUGCAGGCCGCUCUGAAGCUCAAACAGAAGAGCUUGAAGCAACGCCUCGGCAAGAGCAACAUCCAGGCGCGGCUGGGCCGGCCGGCGGGGACGCUGGCCCGAGGAGCCCUGGGGGGCCGGGGGCUGGCCCUGGGCCAGCGGGGGAUGCCCAGGGGGGCCCUCAGGGGCCGAGGUGCCCGGGCCAUGCUGCGAGGAGGGGUCACACUGCGAGGCCAGGCCCUGCUGCGCGGCGGGAGGGGCGUUGCCCCCAGGAUGGGCCUGAGGAGAGGAGGGAUCCGGGGCCGAGGGGGCCCGGGCAGAGGCGGCCUGGGCCGGGGAGCCAUGGGCCGGGGCGGCAUCGGCGGCAGAGGUCGCGGCAUGGCCGGCCGGGGCCGGGGCGGGUUUGGCGGGCGCGGCAGAGGCCGGGGCCGCGGCAGAGGCUCGGCACGCCCCGCCCUCACCAAGGAGCAGCUGGACAACCAGCUGGACGCCUACAUGUCCAAAACCAAGGGACACCUGGACGCCGAGCUGGACGCGUACAUGGCACAGACGGAUCCCGAGGCCACCGACUGAGGGGGCAGGGGGGGCUCCUUCUGCCGGCUCCCCGCGCCAAAUUCAGGCUUAGCGUGUUCUUGGAUGUUUUGAUACUCUCUGUUGUAUUAAACUUUUUUUGGGUUGUUCUUUUU